UUAUAUAAAUGACUGACAAGUGAUAUAAUCGAUGAUUAGGUGGAGUUUUGCCAACAGUUCUCCAAGAAGUCAAAGUGCCGAUUGUGAGUAACGACAAGUGCAAGAAUAUGUUCCUAACUGCGGGUCGACACGAAUAUAUUCCCGAAAUAUUUAUGUGCGCCGGUUAUGACGAGGGUGGCCGCGACUCAUGUCAGGGAGACAGUGGUGGCCCACUUCAGGUACAGGGCGAGGACGGCAAGUGGUUUUUGGCUGGAAUUAUAUCUUGGGGAAUCGGAUGCGGAGAGCCCUCACUCCCA